AUGACCACCAUGGAUGUAAAAGGCAUGAAUUGGGUUGGAAACAUGUACCAGAAAUUCGAAAAUAUGUGCCUCGAGGCAGAAGAUCUGAUGUAUGAGGAUACAGUUGAAUAUAUUGAGAAUCAGAUCGACGUACUGCUGAUUCUAGGUUCGGUAAGAAGCAAGUCCAAAAUUUCAUGGAAAGAUCUGCAAAGGCUAAUACGAAACAAACAACCGAGCAUCGGAGAAUCGGUCUUAAUGUUGAUAAAAAUGGCAUACAUGCUGCAGCAUAUGAUAGAACUGCACAUUGGGAGCAUGGAUGUUAAAUCAAAUCUAGGCUCUGAUGUAAACAAAGUAAAUGAAAAACCGGUUGCAACCAAGAUAUUCAAUGAAAUCAGUUCGGCAGGAACAGAUACUUGCAUUCCAUCAGAAUGUUCUGAGAUUUCAAAUGAGGAUCAAAAUCAUUUAGCGAGUGUUUCAAAGACAGCUUCAGAUGAAGAAAAACAGAUUGGCACGAGGUCUUGUGAUGAUCAAAGUCAUAAAACCAUGCAAGAAGAAGAUGUGAAGCUUGAGGAAACUUGUGUUAUGGUGACCAGCGACGAUCUUGAAUUAGUUCCAAAAGAAAUUGACAAUCUGAAGGCUAACAAGAAAACAAUGCGGAAAGGGAAAGGGUUUUCUUUAUCGAAGAAGUCUGCAAGAAAACAAGAGUAUAAGGAGCUUGCAUUAUGGCAUGGGAAGAGCGAAAAAGUAGAAGGAGAUUUAAUGAAGAAUUUAGAUGAAACUUGUAAUGUGUCUGAACCUGAAUGGGAGCUUCUGUAG